AUGGCCAAAUGCAAAAAUCCGAACCUGUCUUCUUUACGAACAUUGAUUGUCGAUAAUUACGAUUCUUAUACAUUUAAUUUGUUACAACUUUGGGAUAAUGAAGAAAGUGUCGGGAACGUAGUGGUGGUUCGAAACGAUCAAUUUUCCUGGACCGAUUUUACUAAGAAUAUACUUCCGAAUUUUGAUAAUAUUAUAAUUUCACCUGGUCCUGGAAGUCCAGAAAACGUUUCGGACUUUGGGAUUUGUUCAGAAAUCCUUAAAUUGAAUAAUAUUCCAAUUUUGGGUGUAUGUUUAGGGCACCAAGGUAUCGGAUUCACUUUUGGAGGCGAGGUGACGAAUGGAACAAGGAUCAUGCACGGGAGGCUAAGCCCUAUUUAUCACGAAGGAACAUCUAAAGCAGAUUCACUAUUUUCGGGGAUUCCGAGUCCAUUUUUGGCUGUUAGAUAUCACAGCCUAGUGAUAAAUAGUAAAGAUUUUCCAUCAGACCUACAGAUUUCGGCCUGGUGUCCGGAAGUAGAUGAUUUGCAAGAAUGCUCACCAAGUUCUUUCCUCCCAGCAAAGGAGUCAAGUACAGUUAUGGGAUUACAACACGCGUAUAAACCUAUUUAUGGCGUUCAAUUUCAUCCAGAGUCCAUAUGUACUGAAUACGGAUUUCAAAUUCUGAGAAACUUCCAAUUACUAUCGCGAGCAUUUUUAGAAAGGCGUGGAAUAUUAUUUCCGCGACCGGUGCUUCCCGAACACAUAAAAUCUUUUUCGGUAGUCCCAGAAAAAAAAAGUAGUCUUUUUACUAAGAGGUUAACCCACACUGGUGGUCCAAUGUAUAAUAUUAUAAUGAAGAAACUUGAGAAAGAUAUAUAUUUUGAUUCAUCAUUAAUUUUUCAAAAAGUAGUGUCUGCUGACAACUCCAAAGUUGGAAUAUGGUGGUUAGACAGCUCUAAGUUACUGGAUCCACAAAGUCGGUUUUCGUAUAUGGGAUCAACUCCAGUACCAUCAAAUUCAUUUUCUAUAUCUUACAAUACGCUUCGUAAAAAGGUGAUAAUCACUUGUUCGGAUGGAAGAAUAAUAACGGAAAAUUUAUCAAAUGAUCAAACAUAUUGGGACUGGAUGUCAGGGACGAUGGAAAUUUUUAAUCAGCAUAUUACUGGAUUACGAAUAAUACAUUGUGAUGGAUCAAUUAAAAACGUUGAACAAAGAAUACCUUUUGAUUUUAGACUUGGAAUGGUUGGGUAUUUUGGAUAUGAUAUGAAACGUGAAUCUAUGCCAGGUUAUAUUAUUCCAAAGGACCGUCAAUCGUCAUCAUGCACUAGUCCUGACGCAGCUUUUAUUUUUGCAACGCAAGCGAUUAUAUUCGACCAUGUUGAAAAACGUAUGUGGCUAGCUGGACUGGCUCGUGAUGGUCCUAGUGACCUAGUUUUAUCGAAAGAUUCUGUUCUCGGCAUUCCUAUUGGUCGCCCUUUAGCAGAUCUUCUCUCUUGGAUAAAUUCAACCGAAAAACAAUUACGCGAUCUUCAAAAGAACAUCAAACUAUUGAGCACGCCACCAGCCAAUAAGAUUAAUCGACAGAUCUUGCCUCGGACAAUGUCAUCCCCUUUUAUGCCAGAUCUGACAAAAGAUUUUUAUUUGAGAUCUAUAGAAAAGGCGAAAUCUUACAUUUGUGAAGGUCAAAGUUACGAGAUUUGUUUAACCACACAAUUUCGAGCAUCACUGACCGAUCGUUUGCAGGAUAUAUUUGGACUAUAUUAUCGCAUUAGAUCGAAUAAUCCUGCGCCAUUUUCGGCGUUAAUUCAUUUUUCAGCAGACGAUAUAACAAUAUUAAGUUCUUCUCCCGAAAAAUUUUUACAAAUAGACAAUGAAGGAAUAGUAGAAAUGAAGCCAAUUAAAGGUACAGUCGCAAGAGCAAAAGGAUGCUGUUGUCCACGAUCCGCCAAUUGUAAUGGAGGAGUACAAUGUGAGUUGAUAAGAAACAAAAAUGACAUGGAAAGAAAACGUUUCUUGGAAGGGGACAUUAAAGAACAAGCAGAGAACUUAAUGAUAGUGGAUUUAAUUCGCAAUGACUUAGCACAAAUAUGUCCGCCACAUACCGUAAAAGUUCCUUAUUUGAUGAAAACAGAAUCUUAUGAAACCGUCCAUCAACUUGUCACCACGGUUCGUGGAAAUUUAAGAGAUAGUUUAGAUUGCAUCAAAGCGAUAAGGGGUUGCUUUCCUCCAGGGUCGAUGACGGGAGCGCCUAAAUUACGCUCUGUGCAACUCCUUGAUGAGUUAGAACAUAAUACUUCAAGAGGCAUUUAUUCAGGUUGCCUUGGAUAUAUAUCUCUGCAAGAUGGGUCCGGAAAACAGAAAGGAACGGCCUGUUUCAAUGUGAUAAUACGAACGGUGGUAGUUCGUAGUGGAAAAG